GGAGUCUUGAGUAAGGAGUAGUAGUAACCAAAUAUAUAAACAAAAUAAAGCCUUUCAAAACUCCGGAAGGCCAGACCAGGCCGGCCAUGAGCCCUCUCCCUCUCCCUCUCCCUCUCCCUCUCCAUGUGUAUGCUUCUCUGUUUUCCGUCUUUACAUUUCUUUCUUCUCCCAUGGAUCUCGAUCAAAUAAUUUUAAUCUCUAAUUCACGAAGAGUAUGACUCCCUCCCCACCUCCUAAAACUAGACUCCUCCCUUUCUCCUUCUCCUUCUUCUUCGACGUUCCCAUAAUGAUGAUGAAAUAAUAAAAUAAUAAUAAUUUUUUCGUUUCUUCUGCAUCUCUCUCUAGUCUGAAGAGAGAGAGAGAGAGGGAGGAGAAGAGGGCGUCCGAGAUGUCAGAGGACGAGGAGGACGAGACACGAGGAGGAGAAGAAAAGCGGCGGUCGCCGGAUCCUGGAAGAGGAGGAGGUGGGGGCGCCAACCCUCCACCGCCGUUCUCCGACCAGGUCCUGGAGAACGUCCUUGAGAAUGUCCUCCAGUUCCUAGACUCCCGCCGGGACAGGAACGCGGUCUCUCUGGUGUGCCGGUCGUGGUGCCGCGCCGAGGCCCAGACCCGGCGUGACCUCUUCAUCGGCAACUGCUACGCCGUGUCCCCGGCCCGCGCCGUCGAGCGGUUCCGCCGCGUCCGGGCGCUCGUCCUCAAGGGAAAGCCCCGCUUCGCUGACUUCAAUCUCGUGCCCCCCAGGUGGGGCGCCGGCUUCUACCCCUGGCUUGCCGCCCUCGCUCCCGCUUACCCCUGGCUCGAGCGCCUCUGCCUCAAGCGGAUGUCCAUCUCCGACGCCGACCUCUCCCUCCUCGCCCUCUCCUUCCCCACCUUCCGCGACCUCACCCUCAUCUGCUGCGACGGCUUCGGCACCGCCGGCCUCGCCGCGAUCGCCGAGCACUGCAGGCACCUCCGAGUGCUGGAUCUGAUAGAAAACGACGUGGAGGAGGAGGAGGAGGAGAUGGUGGACUGGGUGUCGAGAUUCUCGACGACGAGCUUGGAGUCGCUCGUCUUCGACUUUGUGGGAUGCGCGGUGAACUUGGAUGCCUUGGAGGCGCUCGUGGCCCGCUCCCCCUCCCUCCGGAGGCUGCGGGUGAACCAGCACGUCUCCGUCGGCCAUCUCCGCCGUCUCAUGGAGCGGGCGCCGCAGCUCACCCACCUCGGCACCGGGUCCUUCGGGGAGGGCGGGGGCGGUGGAGGGGAGGUGGAGGUCGCCGACCUGGAGGCGGCCUUCGCCGCCUCCAGGUCGCUGGUGUGUCUCUCGGGAUUCCGGGACCUUGCCCCCGAGUACCUCCCUGCCAUCUGCCCUGCUUGUGCCAACCUCGCUUCUCUCAACCUCAGCUACGCCGAUAUCACCGCCGAGCAGCUCAAGCCUGUCAUCAUUCAUUGCCAUAAUCUCCAGACUUUCUGGGUUCUUGACACCGUUGGCGAUGAAGGGCUUCAGGUGGUGGCUGCGACGUGCAAGGACCUCCGCGAGCUCCGGGUCUUCCCCUUAGAUGUCACAGAGGACUCCGAGGGCUCUGUAUCGGAUGUAGGUCUCGUUGCAAUUUCGCAGGGAUGUCGGAAGCUCCGCUCGAUUCUAUACUUCUGCCAAAGAAUGACGAAUGCUGCUGUGGCGACCAUGUCCGAGAAUUGCCAGGAGCUGGUCGUGUUCCGCCUCUGCAUCAUGGGCCGCCACCGCCCUGAUCACCUCACCAGGGAACCCAUGGACGAGGGAUUUGGGGCCAUCGUCAUGAACUGCAAGAAGCUCACCCGGCUUGCCGUGUCCGGCCUGCUGACCGACAAGGCGUUUGGGUACAUCGGAAUGUAUGGGAAGCUGUUGAGGACCCUUUCGGUGGCCUUCGCGGGGAACAGCGACUUGGGUCUCAGGUACGUGCUCGAGGGGUGCCCCAAAUUGCAGAAGCUUGAGAUCAGGGACAGCCCUUUCGGGGAUGCAGGUCUUCUCUCCGGGAUUCACCAUUACUAUAACAUGAGGUUCUUGUGGAUGUCAUCUUGCAAGCUUUCGCUUAGGGGCUGCAAGGAAGUAGCGCAGAGGCUGCCGCACUUGGUGGUGGAAUGGAUCAGGGACAAACCUGAGGAAGAUGAUGGCGAGGCUGUUGAGAAGUUGUACGUGUACCGGUCUCUUGCAGGGCGUAGGAAUGAUGCUCCUCCAUUUGUGGAGAUUUUAUAAGCUCCGCCUUUCAGUAGAGAUACUAGGGAGAAGAACAAGCCAGCCUCUUUACUUUCUGGGUGUGGCUGAGGAGCUCAAGUCCAAAUGGACAAUGCUUUGAUUCAAUGCAAUGAGUGCAAAUUUGGUGGACAGUUUUCAUAACCCAUCAGAUACUUCUCAUGCUUCUUGCCAUUAAGUGGGGAUAGCUCCAUUAUUUUUUUUUUCUUUUUAAUCGCCUGUUCCCCUUACGCUUUGGUUCUUGAAACAGCGUAUGCAAGGAGGAGUCGGUCUUCCAGGGAUCUCUUUCGUUUGUUUGCGCAGGUGAAAGAUUUGAUGUGGUAGAAGCAGAGGGGGAGCAUAUCUGCAUAUCUAGACAUGGAAGAGAGUAAUAUAAUGUUGUUGUAUCAAUGGAACAUUAUUUAUGCAAUCAAUCUUCUAUCAGCAUAAGAGCAAGGCUACACGGUGAUCGGCCUGAGCAAAGUGGUUUUUCAGAUGGCUCGUGGAUGCAUCCUAUGCCUCAGAAGUGCGCCGAGACCUCUCAUUUUCUUUUGCGCCCUCGGAGAAGAAAGCCGAGUGCAUCUUUGGAUUGCACUCCGAGACCAAUGCCUCGAACUUGAUGUGAAACUUGGAGCUUUGCAACUGUUCUCUACUUUAUUAUGUUUAAGAGUUUCUUAGUAUUCCAUGGACAUGAGAGAGUUAUCUUUGCUGCUUGUGUUGUGGCUAUUUGUGCAAUAUAUCAGAUGCUUGCAAUCAGAAUCUCUUGUAGGAACUGAAGAAUAUCUACUGUCGCCUCUC